AUGGCGUUAUUUAUACAAUACACGCUCGUGGCAGUGCUGCAAGAUUCGCAAGAUGGUGACUGUCACUGCAAGUCUCAUGUCAGUGGCGAUUCCUGUGACACAUGUGAGGAUGGAUAUUAUGCUUUGGAAAAGAGUAAUUACUUUGGGUGUCAAGGCUGUCAAUGUGACAUCAGUGGAGCGAUCACGCCCAUGUGCAGUGGGCCCUCCGGAGGAUGCCGUUGCCGAGAGCAUGUGGUGGGCAGGGCGUGCCAGCGACCCAAAAACAACUACUAUUUCCCUGAUUUGCAUCACAUGAAGUAUGAGAUUGAAGAUGGCACUGUACCUAAUGGAAGAGAACUUUGGUUUGGAUUUGAUCCCCUGGAGUUCCCUGAGUUUAGCUGGAGAGGGUACGCUCAGAUGACCUCCGUACAGAAUCAAGUGAGGAUCAUAUUGAAUGUGGGUAAGUCAAGUGCUGCCUUGUUUCAUGUUAUUCUGAAAUAUAUUAACCCUGGAACUGAAGCUGUAUCUGGCCGGGUGACUAUUUAUCCAUCCUGGGCUGAGGCAGGUGCUGCUCAAAGCAAAGAAGUCCUCUUCCUGCCAAGUAAGGAGCCAGCCUUUGUCACCAUCCCAGGAAAUGGUUUGGCAGACCCGUUUUCAAUUGCACCCGGGACAUGGAAUGCUUGUAUUCAAGCAGAGGGGGGUCCUCCUGCCUCCUCCAAGUCUAUUGUGUUAGAUACCAACUCUACAGAGAUAACUCCCAAAUUGGUGGAGCUGCACCUGCGGCUGCGGGUUCCCCAGGUCGGCCACUACGUGGUCGUGCUGGAGUAUUCCACGGGAGCAGACCAGCUGUCUGUGGUUGAUGUGCACAUGCGGAGCCCUGGGUCUGUCCUGGGAGGCCAGGUGGACGUCUACAGCUGCAAGUACAGUGUCCUCUGCUGGAGUGUCGUGACUGAUGGCAGGAGUCGCAUCUCCGUGUAUGAGCUGUUAGCAGAUGCAGACAUUCAGCUCAAAGCACGUGGGACCCAGUUCCUGCUGCAUCAAAUUUGUAUCAUACCCACUGAAGAAUUCUCAACUGAAUAUUUGAGACCUCAAGUCAAGUGCAUUGCCAGUUACNNGCAGUAUGUUAAUCAAAGUGCCACUUGUGUCUCCCUGGUUCUCGAAACUCCUCCAACAGCAUUAAUUUUGGAUGUCCCAAGUGGUGAGUCUUCCCUUCUCCUGCCCCAAGAUCCUUCACCUUCUGCUGAUGUUACUGGAGUCACCUUGAAGGCGCCACAGGUGGGACACCUCUCAAGUGUGUUGUUUCUAAAUCAUGGGUCUCCAAGCCUGGGCAGAUACGUCAUUGUCAUCCAUUUUUAUCAGCCAGCGCACCCAACAUUUCCCACGCAGGUGUUUGUGGACGGAGGGCGGCCGCAGGCAGGUGUCUUCCGUGCCUCUUUUUGCCCCCACACACUUGGCUGCAGGGACCAAGUGAUUGCUGAGGGUCAGGUUGAAUUUCACAUCUCAGAGCCAGAGGUGGCUGUGACUGUGGAAGCUCCAGAAGGAAAGUCCUUAGUAUUGGUCCAUGUUCUGCUGGUGCCUGCGGAGAAUUAUGACUACCAAAUACUUCACAAAAAAUCAGUGGACAAGUCAUUUGAGUUUAUCACCAAUUAUGGAGGAAACAGUUUUUAUAUUGAAGCCUCGGGCAUCCCCGAGUUGCAGCUCCUGCUCUUCACUUCUGCACACCCUCCCUGCCCCCUUGGAGGCUUCCUGAGGGACCCAGGAGCUCCAGGGAAUCCUGUGUGGGAAUCCAUAAUAGCCCACUUGACAGCGGGUACACUGACGCCCAAUGACACUGGGUCGGCACCAGCACUGCCCGCCCUCUGGGCUGCAGUGAUGGCCGAUGGCCCCAGUGGGGUGGCACUCACAAGGCAGUGCGCCCUUGUGACUUCAGAAGUGUGUGGCAAUGAAAAUGAACACUUUUGCUUCCUUUGCUUUGGGUCCAGGUGCAAGCCCAGAGUCACAGGGCAGCAGUGUGACCAGUGUGCUUCUGGGUUUUACCACUUCCCUGAGUGCAUCCCCUGCCAUUGCAACAGGGAUGGGACUGAGCCAGGGGUCUGCAACCCAGGGACCGGAGCUUGCCUGUGCAAGGAGAACGUGGAGGGUACAGAAUGUGAUGUGUGUCGAGAAGGAUCAUUCUACUUGGACCCAGCAAAUCCCAAGGGUUGUACUCACUGCUUUUGUUUCGGAUUAAAUAAGCAUUAUCAUAGUACACAUAAAAGAAGAGCUAAGUUUGUGGACAUGAUGGGUUGGAGCCUGGAGACGGCAGACCGAGCAGACAUCCCCGUCUCGUUCAACCCGGGCAGCAGCAGUGUGGUCGCGGACCUCCAGGAGCUGCCCUCCACCAUGCACAGUGCGUCCUGGGUCGCGCCUCUUUCCGGUCAGCCCAUGUCCAUCAUCUACGAGGAGCCAAAUAACCUGUGACUGGACCGUCUGUAUCACGUGCGUGUGCAGGUGGUGGAGGGAAACUUCAGACACGCCAGCAGCAGUGCCCCUGUGUCCCGGGAAGAGCUGAUGAUGGUACUGUCUAGACUAGAAGGUGUGCGCCUCCGAGGCCUCUACUUCACGGAGACUCAGCGGCUCUCCUUGAGCGGGGUGGGACUGGAGGAGGCCUCCGCCACAGGAAGUGGGCGCAGAGCACACAGUGUGGAGGUGUGUGCCUGUCCCCCGGGCUACACCGGGGACUCAUGUCAGGGUUGUAGCCCUGGAUACUAUCGGGAUAGCAAAGGCACAUAUACCAAAUGAUGUGUUCCCUGCAAUUGUAAUGAACAUUUAAAUUGAUGCCAGGAUGGCUUGGGAAUAUGUAUUAACUGCCAGCAUAACACUGCUGGGGAACACUGUGAACGCUGCAAAGAGGGUCACUAUGGGAACACCAUCCAUGGACACUGUAGCGUCUGCCCAUGUCCUCAUUCCAACAGUUUUUCCACGGGCUGUGUUGUGACUGGGGAAAACGUGAGGUGCUCCUGCAAACCUGGGUACACAGGCGCACAGUGCGAAAGCAUCUAUUCCCCAAGUAUCAAUUCUGAACCCGGCACUGUGCUGGGGGCACAGGGUAUUUACCCUCAGGUCCUUGGUCUGGGUUUCCAAGUGCUUCAUCUGCUCCAGAGUGCCGGUGCUGGCGGUCAGGCCCUGCAGCUGAGACUUGACCAGGUGGAGCUCCUCAGCCAUGGUGGACAGGAAUAUGAAAAACUAGCUGCCACUUUAAAUGAAGAAAGACGUGCACUAAGUGACAAAGUGAGAGAACUUUCCCAGUCCCCCAGCAAAGCCUCCCUGGUGGUGGAGGUGGAAAUGCACGCACAGUCUUUACAGAAGUUGGCAAAGCAGCUGGAGGAGAUCAAGAGGAACGCCAGUGGGGAUGAGCUAGUGCGCUGUGCCAUGGAUGCUGCCACCGCCUAUGAGAACAUCCUCAGCGCCAUCAGAGCUGCCGAAGAUGUGGCUGACAAGGCCACCAGCACUUCUGAGUCUGCCCUCCAGACCAUGAUAAAGGAAGAUUUUCCAAGAAAAGUGAAAACCCUGAGUUCUGACAGUGAUAAACUAUUAAAGGAAGCCAAGCUAACACAGAAGGAGCUACGGCAAGAAAUCAGUCCAGCUCUGAACUACCUACAGCAAACUCCGAAAGUUAUGAAAGUUCAGAAAGGAUUGAUCGAUACCUAUAUCACUGCCAUCCAGGAUGACCUGCGUGGGAUACAGAGAGAUGACAUCAAUGAUAUGAUCAGUAAUGCAAAGAGCAUGGUCAGAAAUGCCAACGACAACACAGAUGAGGUUCUAGAUGGGCUCAGCCCCAUUGAGACAGAUGUGGCAAGAAUUAAGGAUACCUAUGGGAGCACACAGAGUGAAGACCUCAACAAGGCUCUCACCGAUGCAGAUAACUGAGUGAAGAAAUUAACCAAUAAACUGCCCGACCUUUUGAGCAAGAUUGAAAGUAUCAGCCAACAGCUGUUGCCACUGGGCAAUAUCUCUGACAACGUGGACCGCAUCCGGGAGCUAAUUCAGCAGGCCAGAGAUGCUGCAAACAAGGUUGCUGUCCCCAUGAAGUACAGUGGUAAAUCUGGAGUUGAAGUCUGGCUGCCAGAUGACCUAGAUGAUUUGAAAGGAUACACAUCUCUUUCUUUGUUUCUCCAAAGACCUGAGUCAAGAGAGAGUGGGGGGAGUGAGAAUAUGUUUGUGAUGUACCUUGGAAAUAAAGAUGCCUCCAGGGACUACAUCGGCAUGGCACUUGUAGAUGGCAAGCUAACGUGUGUCUACAACUUGGGAGAACAGGAGUCCGAACUCCAAGUGGACCAGAGCUUGACUGAAAGCGAAACUCAGGAGGCGGUUAUGGACCGGGUGAAAUUUCAGAGAAUUUAUCAGUUUGCAAGGCUGAAUUACACCAAAAAAGCCACAUCCAGCAAACCUGGAAUGCCCCAAUUCCAUGACAUGGAUGGUGGCAACACCAACACCCUCCUCAAUCUGGAUCCUGAAAAUGUUGUAUUUUACGUUGGAGGUCACCCAUCUGACUUUAGACUUCCUGCUAGACUGAGGUUCCCUGCAUACAAAGCAUGUAUUGAACUGGAUGACCUCAAUGAAAAUGUUCUGAGCUUGUAUAACUUUAAAAAAACCUUCAAUCUCAACACAACUGAAGUCGAGCCUUAUAGAAGAAGAAAGGAAGAGUCAGACAAAAAUUAUUUUGAAGGUACGGGCUAUGCUCGAGUUCCAACUCAACCAAAUGCUCCCUUCCCGACCUUUGAACAAACGAUUCAAACCACCGUGGAUAGAGGUUUGCUGUUCUUUGCAGAAAACCGGGAUCGCUUCAUAUCUCUAAAUAUAGAAGAUGGCAAUCUCCUGGUGCGGUACAAACUGAAUUCAGAGCCACCAAAAGAAAAAGGAGUUACCCACACUGUCAACAAUGGAAAAGACCAUUCGAUACAGAUCAAAAUCAGGAAAGCCCAAAAACUCAUGUGGAUAAAUGUGAAUUCUCAAAAAAUUAGAAUCUAAGGUGAAAUAUUCUAUUUCAGCACAUGUUAUCUGGGAGGAAUUCCAGUUUCAAUCAGAGAAAGCUCACUGUUCGCUGUGGAUGUGCAGACAGCGUCUUCCAGAGGACUUGUGUUUUACAUGGGCACGAAGAACUCCUAUAUGGCUCUUUAUCUUUCAAAGGGACGAUUCGUCUUUGCUUUGGGGGCAGAAGGGAAAAAGCUGAGGCUCAAAAGCAAAGAGAAGUGCAAUGAUGGGAAAUGGCACACGAUGGUGUUUGGGCAAGAUGGAGAAAAGGGGCACUUGGUAGUUGAUGGUCUGAGGGCCCGGGAGGGAAGUUGGCCUGGAAAUUCCACCUUCAGCCUCAGAGCACCAGUUUACCUGGGGUCGCCGCCCUCAUGGAAACCAAAGAGCCUCCCCCAAAACAGCUUUGUGGGGUGCCUGAGGAACUUUCAGCUGAAUCUGAAACCCCUGGACACCAUUGCUGCAAGUGUUGCUGUGUCCCCCUGCUUGGGUGGCCCUUUGGAGAAAGGCAUUUAUUUCUCCCAAGAAGGAGGUCAUAUCCUAGCGAACUCUGUGCUGCUGAAGCCAGAAUUUAAACUUGUCUUCAGCAUUCGCCCAAGAAGCCUCACUGGCGUCCUACUGCACGUCGGAAGUCAGCCUGAGAAGCACCUAUGUGUUUAUAUGGAGGCAGGAAAGGUCACGGCCUCCGUGGAUAGUGAGGCAGGGGGCAUCUUGACAUCGGUCACACAAAAGCAGUCUCUGUGUGAUGGACGGUGGCACUCGGUGACAGUCACCAUAAAACAACACAUCUUGCACCUGGAGCUGGACACAGAAAACAGCUACACGGCUGGACGGCUCCCCUUCCCACCGUCCAGCACUCAGGAGCCACUCUUCAUUGGAGGCAUUCCAGAGCAGCUGUGGGAGACGAUUCUUUGUCAGCUCUUCUCAGUUUGUGCUGACAGGGUCCGGGACCUCUGUGCCCCAACAACACCAGAGCCCACCUGCCCCAUCCAGGUGCCACUGUGGGUGCAGCGAGUUAUCUCCAGAGGAAGCCUUGGCCAAUGGGGCAUGGAAGCUGGUGGGUGGUGGGUGGGCAGCAGUCUGCACGGCUCGCUCUGGCGACAGCUGCUCGGCCUUAGGGACGGAAAAAGCUUCUGCAGGAGAGCCCUCUGCAUGGCCAAGGCCACCUCAGGGCUGCACCCAACACUUGCCCUCACAACUCAAUAUGGCAGAUCUGUGGAAGGCGUGGGCUCUAAAACCAAGGCAGGCUUAACGGAGGACAUCGGCGACCCAGGGAGCCGGCUCACCCCACCAGUCCUCCGGGGGCAGCCGGAGACCCUCUCUGGCCCCCUUUGGCGCCACCUGGAGUACUACUUGUUACACUGCACGCCCACGGAUUCUCAGGAUUCCCUGUUUGCCUCCAGAGCCUUAUUUAAGAGCAGAAGACCACAAGAUUCCUUCGCUUCAGAAACCAACCUGGAUUUCAGAAGUGGUCUGACUGCAGUGAGCCAACAUGACAUAGACCAGCUUCAGGCAGGCGCCCGCCAUCAACGCUUUUGGAGAAUCACUACAGAAGAAGCUUCUGGACAUUGA